AUAAUGUGUCUAUAAAGUCGCAAUCAUCGUCAUUACCGAACAAUCGCGAAAUCCAUUAUAUCCUGUUCAGUGCAUCGUAAAAUCGAGCAUCUUUCGCUGGAAGGAUGCGGAAAUGUUGAAAAAAAUAGCGAUGCGAUCAGCGAGCGUGAAAUCGCAGUCAGCAUAUGAAAAGGAUGUACAGGAUCGUAUCCUGGCAAAGUUCCUGCAAAAAGGAAGGGAAGUGUAGAUGCUUGUGAAGACGCUGAUGGGCAUUUUAUGACGGUUGGAAUCCUUCCUCUUCUGGGGAAAUAGAGCUGGAGAUUCAGCCGUUACGAAUGCGGUCGCACUAAGAUGUGAGUCAGUGUAGCCACACCUGUUCAGCUGACUGCGGUAUGCACCAGCAGCAGAUGAACGGUCCCACUGAUUGAUUCAGUCAGUCUUUAUUUUUUACCAUUUCCCACCCACCACGAAAUCAAGGAAAAGCAUCCCGAAAUUGCACAAUGUCCGAAGAAAAGAAGAAUGGCGAUGAAUUAAACGACUUGCUGGACAGUGCUCUCCAGGAUUUCGAUAAAAGUGGUGCCGGUGACCAAAAGGAGCCGUCCGCAUCAUCGGAUGUGGCGACCAACGCUGGACCUGAGGGCUCCGAGGAUCCAGAUGCGUUUUUCAUUGAGCAGGCCAAGGUGCUGGCCGAUCGCAUGAACACGCUCUUCGGAGGUCCGGACACGCCCAGUGGCGAUAUUCCGCCGCUGCCCCAGGAUCCCGACCAGAUCAUGGCCGGUUUCAAAAAGAUGGCCGAAGCGGCAGCGCUCACCUUGAGCGGCGAAAAUUCGGCCACCGACGAGGAUGUCUCCAAGUAUUCUGAUAGCAUUUCCCAGGCUCUCAAGGGUCUGCAAGAGGGCUCCGAGAACCUGGCUGCUCCCGCCUCGGAGAACGACAUAGCCAGCAUGUUUGGUUCACUGAAUCUUGAAGGGGCUGGCGAGGGUGAUGGAAACAUGUUCCUACCAUUCAUGGAGGGCAUGAUGCAGAGCCUGCUCUCGGCGGAGAUUCUGUUGCCCAGCAUCCGGGAGCUGCUGGAGAAGUACCCCAAGUACCUCGAGGAGAACGACGCCAAGCUCUCCGCUGAGGACAAGGAAAGGUACCAGAAGCAGAUGGAGCUGUACAAGGUGAUUGAGGGGCAUUUACAGAGCGAGAAGACCGAGGAUUCGGCCGCCGUGAAGCGAGAGAAGUUCCGCGUCGUGCUGGACGACAUGCGCAAACUGCAAGACUACGGCCAGCCGCCGCCAGAGAUUCUGGCCGAGACGGGCGGCGACUUGCCCUUCGGCGAUCCCACUGCCGGCGUAGCAGCCGGCGGUCCCGGUCCCCAGUGCCCAACCAUGUAGUGGCUGACGGAGCACGAUAGUCUCGUGGUGUGCCAAUUGGUUAACUGUUGAGUGUUGCACAUUUUUUAGGCUAAGGCAAAUUUGUAUUUUAUUUUAUCACCGACAAAACAAUACGGCGGUCGCUAAUGGUUAUCACCUCUCUCUUCAAUCAAGCUAUUAUUUUCGUAUUAACUGUUGGUUUAUUAAGUAGUUCUAUACCUAAAUACAAUGCCUCGAAAUACACCUAGAGGAAGAAGCG